AUGAGGUUACGGACUCAAAGGAAAUGUGCGAUGGACAGUGAUGGAAAGAAGCUCGACCAAGCACCUCCGUUCAAAAAUCCUUUUGUACACGUUUUGAAAUUCACCCCUAUGGAAAAGGCAAAGAUUGCAGUUAUGACAGUCACACUAUUCCCCGUCCGUCUACUCAUAGCUGCAUUUAUGAUGCUGCUGGCUUGGCCUUUUGCAUUUCUGGCCUCAGCGGGACGCUCUGAGACCACUGUUGAACCCCAGUGCCUCUGGAGGAGACUGGUUGACAUCAUCUUAAAGAUCAUCAUGCGGGUCAUGUGGUUUGCAGGUGGCUUCCACUGGAUGACUGUUAAAGGGCAGAGGGCAUUGCCUACCGAAGCACCCAUCCUCACGCUGGCGCCCCACUCAUCUUAUUUUGAUGCCAUCCCAGUCACCAUGACAAUGGCCUCCAUUGUCAUGAAAGCUGAGAGCAAGGAUAUACCUGUGUGGGGAACGUUGAUAAAGUACAUCAGGCCAGUGUUUGUAUCACGAUCAGACCAAAACUCAAGAAAAAUGACUGUGGAAGAGAUAAAACGCAGAGCCCACUCUGGAGGGGAAUGGCCACAGAUCAUGAUUUUUCCAGAGGGGACCUGCACAAAUAGAUCCUGCCUAAUCACCUUCAAGCCAGGAGCUUUCAUCCCAGCAGUACCAGUGCAGCCGGUCGUGAUGCGAUACCCAAAUAAAUUGGACUCAAUAACUUGGACAUGGCAAGGACCUGGAGCGUUUAAAAUUUUAUGGCUGACUCUAUGCCAACUACACAAUGUUUUUGAAAUAGAGUUCCUUCCCAUCUACACACCCUCUGAGGAAGAGAAAAGAAAUCCUGCCCUCUUUGCAGUCAAUGUGAGGCAUAUCAUGGCCAAAGCCUUGGGGGUCCCCAUCACAGAUUAUUCUUUUGAGGACUGCCAGCUCGCUAUGGCAGAAGGCCAGUUGAGACUGCCAGUUGACACUUGCCUGCUGGAGUUUUCCAAACUUGUCAGGAGACUGGGGCUAAAACCCCAGUACACUGAAAAGGUUCUGCAGGAUUAUGGGAACAGGUCCAGGAAUCUGGAAGAGCAGAGGCUGUGUUUGGAAGACUUUGCUCAGUUUUUGGAUGUGCCCGUUUCAGAUAUGUUAAGAGAUGUGUUUUCCCUUUUUGAUGAGAAUGAAGAGAACAGCAUGGAUAUCAGAGAAUAUGUGAUAGCCUUAUCUGUUGUAUGCAGACCUUCUAAAACUCUGGAAACACUGAAAUUGGCCUUCAAUAUGUUUGAAGCUGAGGAGGAUGGCGCAAUCACAGAAAGAGAAUUGGCAGUUAUACUGAAGACUGCUUUGGGAGUGACUGACCUCAGUGUAUCCUGCUUGUUUGCUGCUGUUGAUAACGAAGAUGCAGGAAAGAUCACAUUUGAGAAUUUCAGGAGCUUUGUGGAAGAACACAUUGAUUUUGCGGAAGAGUACUUGUACCCUUACAAUUCUGGUCUCCUCAGUGGUACUUGCCACCAUCAACAAGCAAAGCCAACUCUAUCUUUUAACAAUGUGCAUGGCGCUGCCAACAACAAAAUAACUAACGGCAUCUGCCCUGACUUCAGCCCCAAUGAUCAUGACAGCACAAUACGUGGACUCCUCAAGAAACACAAUUAA